GAUCCGCUUGAGGGGGGGCGGGCAGGAAAACAGGCAGGCGCGGUGAUUGCCCGGAACAGCUCCAACGUGGCCUGUGUUGCCGUGGGGUAGUGUUGGGAAGCGGACCCGCUGGUGAGAGAAGGGAACGGCAUUACAGGCAACCAUGGCCAGCGCAGCCGGUACUGCCGCUGCCCCAAAGACCAGCGCCCAGCAUCGGGUCAAUGUGAACGUGGGCGUCCUGGGCCAUAUCGACAGCGGCAAGACGGCGCUGGCCCGAGCGCUCAGUACUGUCGCUUCCACCGCCGCCUUCGACCGGGCCCCGCAGAGUCGAGCUCGGGGCAUCACUCUGGACCUGGGCUUCUCCUGCUUCUGCACCGAGCUGCCCCCUCACCUCGGCCUCGGGCCUGGGCAGCUCCAGUUCACCCUGGUGGAUUGCCCGGGACACGCCUCUCUUAUCCGCACCAUUAUUGGGGGUGCACAGAUCAUUGACCUGAUGAUGCUUGUGAUAGAUAUAACAAAGGGGAUGCAGACUCAGUCAGCAGAAUGCUUGGUGAUUGGGCAGAUUGCUUGCCAAAAAAUGAUAGUGGUUCUGAACAAAAUAGACCUUCUUCCAGAGGGAAAACGGCAGGCUGCCAUUGAGAAAAUGAUGAAGAAAAUGCAGAAAACCUUGGAAAAUACUAAGUUCCAUGGAUGUCCAAUAGUUGCUGUCGCAGCAAAACCUGGUGGGCCGGAAGCCCCAGAAACUCUGGCUCUGAUUGGAAUUUCUGAACUAAUUGAGGUCCUGAAGUCAGCGGCUUACCUACCAGCAAGAGAUCCCUCGGGAUCUUUCCUCAUGGCUGUUGACCACUGUUUCUCCAUUAAGGGUCAAGGCACUGUGAUGACAGGAACUAUUCUUUCAGGCUCUGUUGGCAUUGGAGACAAUGUGGAGAUUCCUGCCCUGAAGGUGACAAAGAAAGUCAAGUCCAUGCAGAUGUUCCAUACUCCAGUGACAUAUGCCAUGCAAGGUGACAGAGUAGGUGUAUGUGUAACCCAGUUUGAUCCAAAGCUAUUGGAGCGAGGUCUGAUCUGUACUCCAGAAUCUCUCCAGACGAUCCACGCUGCUAUAAUCUCUUUAAAGAAAAUCCAGUAUUUCAGAGGCACUCUUCAGACCAAGGCUAAGUUUCAUAUCACAGUCGGCCAUGAAACAGUUAUGGGAAGAGUUAUGUUUUUCAGCCCUGCUCCUGAUGACUUCAGCAAAGAACCUCUGGAGAAUGAAUUUGAUUUUGACAAAGAAUAUCUGUAUCAAGAAGAAUAUCUUUCUGAAGAAUCAAAGUCUUCAGAAGAAAACAAGGAGAAUGACCAAACUGGGGAAAGACAGUUUCCAAAACAACAGUGGGCCUUACUGGAGUUUGAAAAACCAGUUACUUGUCCUAAGUUGUGUCUUGUGAUUGGCUCAAAGCUGGAUACUGACAUUCAUGCAAAUACCUGCAGGUUGGCAUUCCAUGGGGUUCUCCUUGAAGGAAUGGAAGAAAAAAACUAUAUAGAGACCUGUCUUUCAAAACUCAAAGUCUACAAACUGAAACAUAAAGAAGGACAAGUGGAACGGCUCUGUGAUGAUUACAGUGUGAUCGGCCGUUCACUGUUUAAAAAGGAGACGAAUAUCCAAAUUUUUGUGGGGUUGAAGGUCAAACUAUCUACAGGUGAGGAAGGUGUAAUAGAAGGUGGCUUUGGACAGAGUGGAAAAUUUAAAAUCCGCAUUCCAGAUGGGGUGAGGCCAGAAACAAAGGCACUUCUGACUGCCAUCUCCAAGAAGAAGCCCAAGGCAGGGAAGGGGGAUACAGCCAAAGAGGAUGAAAGCAACAAGGUUGACUCAACCCAGCCUGUUCAUAUCACUCUUCUCUUUAAAAGAUACGUCUUUGAUGCACAGAAGAAAAUGAUUCAGUCUUGAGAAACAUCUGAAGUGUCCUUUAAAGGCUGAACACCAAAAUGACUUCCAUCAGAAUGUGUUAGUUGUUUAAAUUUCUUAGACUUUGAAAGGUUUUGCUCUUGGUAAUGUGCAAGGCAGUCCCCACGAGUUGAAGAGUGAAACUCCAUUAUUACUGGCCUUAAGUGGCCUGCAAAUGUUGUAUAUUUCUCAUUUUGCUUUUCCAGUCUGCUGUACCUGCAGAUAUAUGUCACCUGUUGCAGUUGUUUUACCAUAUUAAAUAGUUGGAUAUAGUGCAUAAAUUUUAACUUUUUCAUAUUUCUUGAAAGUCAGAAAAUCAAAUUAAGUGAAAUUUCACUACCCUGACUUGAAGGGAAGGCAAAAUAUAAACAUCAGGCAUGUUGAAACUACAUUAGGUGUUUAAAUUCUUUCAUGUUUAAUAACCCAAAUGCACUAUUUGUAAGGCAAGGAUUAUUUUGUAAAUGAGAUUUGUAUCUUGAGUACCAUUUGUAACUGGCUUCAGUGUCAGAACAUCCUCAGGGAUGUCGUUAAUUCCAUGGUAUAUGUCAUUAACCUUUGCUGUUUCAGGGGUUCAGACCUGCUUUUGUGUAUGAUACUUUUGUACAAACUUUCUGAAUCUGCUGUUUAACAUGUUUUUGUGGGAAAGCUGAGAAAAUAAGCAACUUAGAGCUACUGCUAAGAAGUCCUGCUGAAGAUUAAUGCUGCUCAACAUCUCUGAAACCAUCGGAAUUGUUAUUGCCAAAUUGCUAAGUUGUGAGAGUUUUAAAAAUGCUUCAGAUGGACAAUAGCUUUGUUUAAAUAUAAAGAGCUGUCACUGUAAUUAUUAGACUUUUAUUCAGCCAUUUGGUUCUUCUUAGGGGAAUUCGCAUCCUCCAACAAAUCCAGAAAUGAGAAUAACAGAGCCAAGGCUAACCAUACAGAGAGGCUCUACACAUGAUUGGCGUGUAGGGCCUAAUAGAAUUCCCUGCAGACCAUUGGGGGCUAGCCAUGGGUGGCCAGAUCGGCCGUUCACACAAUUUUCAGCUACGUCAUGGAACUGGUUGGGGCUGUGGGGGUCGGGGGCCACCUGGCCACUGGAAAUCCAAGAAUGCCCUGCACAAGAGUGUGGGGCAUUCUGGAGAGACCCCUAGCACCGGGAAUCUUGUUUUAGCCUCCCAGUCAGGGGUCUCCUCCUGAGUUGCUGCGAUGCAGGGCCAUACCAUGGUGACUCACAAUCACAGAAACGGGGUUAGCGGAGUGCUCACUCAGCUAACUUCAUUUUAGGGGAGACUAACUUCAUUUUUAGGCAGGCUAGCCGCCACCAAACCACCAGGCUUGUCCACGGUUCUCACAACUGCUCGAAAGCGGGCUGGGCUCCCUUAGCCUGCUUUCGAGCAGUUGUGAGAAUAAUCUCUUCGUCUGGAACAAUAGUGCAGUUUUCUUCCCAUCCACACUGGGUGGCUCCAGAUGUCAUGUGAAGCCAAGAUUAAACUUUGGAUUCCCACAGUGUUUCUGAACCUAAGGUGCAUGUACUCCCCUCCUCUUCCCUUGUGUGAGUUUGAAAAAUUAUACUUCUGAUUGCAGUUGUAAAGAAAUCAGGAUUGACUGUGUCAUUCAAAUUGACCAGUCUUGGUUUAGAAACUUAUGUCUGGAACUCAUGUCAAACCUAUGUCUGGAACUCAUGUCAAACCAGAUCUCAGCCUAUUUCAAGCACUCUGAUUAAAAUAAACCAAGAUUGAUCAGUUGGGAAGAUAUGACUGGCCCUGGUUCUUUCUAACUACAGUUGGAAGUAAACUGCAAACCAACUCACACAAGGGAAGAGGGGAGUGAAUGCUCUUGUGGCUUGGUGACAUCACACAAAGCCAAGGUUUAGCCAGUGAAUGUGUUGGGUUGGGGGGUAGGAAUGAGAGAGAGAGAGUGCAUACAUUGACAGUGCAAUAGGAACAAGAUGGCAGGACAUGUAAGUAGAAUUUAUAUGCUGCACAAGUUUUAGAGAGCACUCUCCACCACAGUCCUCACAUGCAUUUUUCUCACUUGUAAGAAAUGAAAGACGGUUUUCCUAUGCUCACCUGUAUUUGGUUAUAGAUUAUGUUGCAUUAGGACUUAACUUUAAUUCCAAGGACUAGAACCAGUCAGACAAACUGCAGACAGACCCUACCACUUCUUUGAUGAAUUCGUUAUUUGAAAUGUUUGGGAAUUAUUAACAAAAGGUUAUGUACCUGCUGCUGCUCAGAGGGCAUAAUUUGUUGUUUAGAGCUGCCAAUGUGCAUGAUGAUUUACAAAAUAAAAGAAUACAGAUCCCUG